CACAGGAAGGGAGGGCGAUCGCGUCCUGACGCUAUUAAGACCCAAUGGCUGGAGAAGCGCCUUCAGCAGCGCACGGAGUCCUUCGGAGAGGCAAGAGCCGGCAGAAACCGCGACACCACGAAGGACGCUGUGGAUCCGAGGGACGGAGUGAUGGGAUGAUGAUGGUUUUAGGACGAAGGGGCGUUAUACGGGGGCAGUAAUAGUGUAAAAUAGCCGACAGGUUUGCGCCGCGCAAGUACCGAGUAAUGAGGCUGGCAGCUGGCUGGUAGCGAAGCACCUGUUAUCCCUCCGGUGCCGCAGGAAGAUGAACCGUGUCAGUGAUGUUACUACUUAAGAAAUUCAGCCAGAAGUGACUUUUAGACGAAUCAUCAUUAAUAUGCGAAGCUACUUUUUAAUGUCUGCCUGCAUGACAUUUAUUUAUUCACUGUUAUAGACAUGUAAAAGGGGGUGACUUUUCGAAGCAAAUUGUAUUAUAACUGCGGUUGGUGUACAUUAGACAUGUAAAGUAAUUACGAAGUAUGCAAACCGGUAUAUUUGGUUCCGAAAACUAGUUAAAUUGAUCUACCUCCUGGCGGACCAACAGGCAGAGCAAAUAUAAAUAUAUUAACAAAACAUAAAGUUCUUUAGAGAGUGAGUAGCGUAAUAACAUAUUGCAUAUUAUAUCGUAUUUUGCACUGAUCCAAAAAUAUUAGUGGUUAUCAUAGAGAAGAGGUGACUCGCACUGUCGCUGUGCUGAAUUCCGAUGGCAGCAGGUGCCCGCGUUAGGUUCCGGAGCGCAGGCUGGGAGGGUCGCUGAUCCGCAGGCAACUACCUGCGCCAAUGUCGCUGUCUAAGUGGCGCAGCUUGGCGCGGCUCAGCCUGCUGUCACUAUGCACCUGGACGUGGCUGUUCGCCCAGGGAUGCGGGCCGGGCCCCGGCGGCGGUGUUCGUCCCAGGCCGCGCAAGCUGACCCCCAUGCCUUAUAAGCAAUUUGUCCCAAAUUUCUCUGAGACUAACCUGGGAGCCAGUGGAAGGGCAGAAGGGAAGAUCACACGCAGUUCUGAGCGCUUCAAUGAACUGGUGUGCAACUAUAACCCCGACAUCAUAUUCAAAGAUGAAGAAAACACGAAGGCAGAUCGAUUCAUGACCAAGCGCUGCAAAGAUUGCCUGAAUGUGCUGGCCAUCGCAGUGAUGAACCAGUGGCCGGGGGUUCGUUUGCGUGUCACAGAAGCCUGGGACGAAGACGGCCACCACCCGCCCAACUCCUUACACUACGAGGGUCGAGCCGUGGACAUUACAACCUCCGACCGUGACCCCAGCAAGUACGGACUGCUGGCCCAGCUGGCUGUGGAGGCCGGCUUCGACUGGGUGCACUACGAGUCGAAGUUUCACGUGCACUGCUCUGUAAAGGCAGAUCACUCGGUGACAGUGGAGAAAGGGGGCUGUUUCCCAGGCUGGAUGCAGGUGGAUGUGAUGGGUGGGGGAAGAAAAGCUCUGUCUACCCUUCAGCCAGGAGACAAAGUGCUGGCCCUAUCUGGAUUGGGCCAGGUGGUGUUUAGCCAAGUUCUGCUCUUCCUACACUAUGACUCUGAGAGCAGAGUCCAGUUCUUAGUUCUGAACACAGAGCAUGGUCAGAGGCUCACAUUAACCUCUUCCCACCUCAUCUUUAUUGCCCCAAAUGGCACCCUCCACCCAAGAGAGUACCUGGCCCAGUUUGCGAGCAGGGCAAAGGAAGGGCAUUACGUCCUUAUCCAGGGGGAGGGUGGAGGAGUAAAACCGUCCCGGAUCAUCUCAAUAUCUGUGGAGGAAGGAAGGGGGGUUUAUGCACCUUUGACAGAACAUGGCACCCUUUUUGUGGGAGGGGUCCUGGCCUCCAGCUACGCGGCCAUUGAUGACCACCAGCUGGCCCACUGGGCCUUCAGGCCACUGCGGCUCUUGCUGUCUCUCACCGAGCUCGUGAAGCUGAGGAGCAUCGUAGGAGGGAACACGAUAACAGCUCGCCAAGAUUCCUCUGAGAACCUCACCCAUUGUCACGCUCAUCAGAGUCUCAGCAAAAUUGUGGGCAACCAGGGCUUCAGCAGCCCCCCUGAACACUGGACAUGGAACAGUCCAGACAGCCUGAGCAAUCAGGUCGUACCUUUUACCGAGGGUAUUCACGAGGCUACCUGCGAUAACAGUGUCUCACACAAGGGAUGGAAAGUCCACUGGUAUGCAAGAGUACUUCACUUUUUGGCCCGUAUUAUUCUGAAUCCAGAGAAGUUCCACCCGUAGGGACCCAUGAUAUCCACUGCUGUUUGUUUUUCAUUGGCUUGCUCACAUAUAGUCUACAACCAGUGCUUCCAAGGAUCACCUUCUAUUGAUUGCCCAUGGUCCUUCUCUAUCGAAGCCAGUAUACAAACAGAACCUACAUACAAUUAUGCAUAUUUAUCUUCUCACUAUGCUUCUGCUUAUUUUUAUAAUUCUGUACCAUAUUUACAUUUGCAAAUUCCAGUGCUAAACUUACAACAGUAGGCCCUGGAAGGGACGAUGAUGGUUAAGUCUGUGUAGCCAAUCACAGUACAUGACACUGGAGACAAUGAUAAUGUACUUUUCAUGUGUUCUUGGAUUUAUGGUCCAUAUGCCCGUUGUCAAAUCAUUUGUGCAUUUCCAGAAGCUUCCACUUUCUACAUUAAAUACCAGCAAAUUGUUUCAGUAGCAUAAUCAUCAUUUCAUACUUGUGUUUAUCUGAAAUUAAGAACUAAAAGGAAAAGAUAUAAUUUGUAAAAUCAGCAUUUUUAUUAUAAAAAGAAAAUGGGCUAGAACCAACAAAAACUUUAUUUUUUUACCUUGGAAUCAUAAUAUAUAAAUAUAUCUAUUUUAAUUAUUCAGCUUAACGAUGGUCUCACAUAUUUGUAAUAUCAGUGUUUUUAAAAUGUCAUUAAAACAAAUAAUAGUUUAA